CAGGAGUGAAGUGCAUAACCGGCAGGUUCCAACACACCAGCUAGCAACAUUUUUCUUCACUGAUCCUUCAGGUUAAGGAAAUUUAAAGACAUUCAUUAUAGGAAACGUUUAGAAAGAACAAUCUCUUAGUGGGAAGGAUUGACAAAAGAAGUCAACCAUGGCUUCCUAUCAGCUGCUCCUAGCAGCAGCUUUUUUAGUGACACUGCAACUAACCCAUGCAAUCUGGGAUCCACGUUUCAAAGCGUGUCAGCUGUUCAAAAGAGAUGCAAACGGCAACCUUCAGAAUGCUACUCAAGCGGGAGUCACAAUACCAGAAGCACGUUCACAGGCUGAAAUUGAUAAUAACCCAUCGAAGUAUUGUACUGAGUUGCUGGUAAAUGGUAUAUGGGACUCAUCAUCAAAUAACACGUAUAUAAAGAUCGCUUAUCGAAAAGAUUUCAAUCCGAAUGACGAACGAUAUUUUGAAACACAUUUUGUGAAGAAUACAGGCAUCGAUCCCAGAACUGCUCUCUCUAUCGAUAAAGAUCCAACUGUUAACUCGAAAGUGUUAGUUUGUGUGAAAAAACUGAUUGAUCGAGAUGGCCCAACUGAGCAGUUUAUCGAUGAUAUGGAUGUCCUAGAGAUAAGAGGUAUGCAAUGUGAAACAAGGGAUACUAAACAGCCGCUUGAAUAUUUUUCCCUCUCCAUCACUAUGGACGAUAUCAAUGACAAUUCACCGAAUUUCACUUUCCCAGUUAAUGGCUCCUAUCAAGUCACAAUCAAAGAAAAUGAACUUGGAAGUUUGAUUUACAAUGACAUUCGUUCUAUCGAUAAAGAUGCCAACAAAAACAGGACCGCCUUCUACAAAGUAACGAGGAUUAUGAAUAAAUAUCUGACAAACUCCACUGGAUUAUUCUCCAUUCCUCGUCCAACCAUUGGAGAAGUGUAUACGGCUGCAACGAAAUUGAUUGAUUUUGAAAGAAUUAAAGCAGAUCCUGUCAUUUUGGUCGAGAUCACUGCGGAAGACAACCACGAUGGCAACCCCGCAGAUCGGAACACAGCCACGACCACCCUCACGGUUACAAUCGAGGAUAUUGAUGACCAGAAUCCCGCUUUUGUGAUCAAGGGCUGCACCCCUAUUCCGAAUUCCUUGGACCCUGAGAACUGCUUUGCUCCAAUUUACGAGGCAACGUCACCUGGGAAGGUUGGUGACCCGCUCACCAUCAGCCCAGAGCCCAUCAAGGCGAAGGACUUGGACACCUUGAACUACAAAAUAAUAUAUGGGAUCGCUGGAGCGGACCCGACGACAUUCAAAGACGCUGUUGCAAUCAACUCAGAAACUGGUACGAUGACCAUGGUAAGAACUAUUGAGAGGAAAGAUGCGCCCAGUGGAUUCACUGUGAUGAUCUCGGCUUCAGAGAAACCAACGAACGAAACAUAUGUCGCCAGGCGUAAACGUCAAGCGAUAGAGUUAAAGACAACAAUAGCUACCGUUCUUGUCAAGGUCCAACCGACCAAUUCAAAUCCUCCUGUUGUUACCGCGACAUCUGUGACGGGUUAUGUUCAGGAGAAUAGACAGGCAGGGACCGUGGUUUCGACGACUACCAAGUUAGAUGUCAAUAUGCAGUUGAAAAUAACUGACGCUGAUCUGCUUCCAGGAGACACACAAAACUAUGACAUUGUCUUCUCCGACACACGUUUCACGGUGGAUAGCGAGUACAACAUUAGAACGACGCGGCUCAUCCACUACGAAGUUCUGACACAAGCUCAGAAAACUAACGGCAUUACAUUCCAGGCAACUGUCACCGAAAAGAUAUUACCAGCAACAGCAGCAAAAUCUGCUGUCAUCACAUUGACUGUGAUAGUCCUGGACAUGAAUGACAAUGCCCCAGUGUUUAACCCAACCUCUGCCAACGUCAAUAUCCCCGAAGGUAGCUACACACCAGCUGCUUCUAGAAAUGUGUAUGGACCGAACACCGUUACCGAUGCGGAUUCGGGAGUCAACGGCCAAGUAGGGUUCACCAUAAGUUCCGUCAGUAAUAAUGGCGGUGCGAAAUUUCGACUGGCUACCGUUGCUAACAAUGCCAUGGCCUUCCGACUUGAAUUGAUCGGUAGUGUGGUUCGUGGUGAGCAAUACACUGUUACUGUGAAGGCAGAAGACAAGGCGGUUUCACCGGAACUCAAAUUAUCGAGCACCCUACCGGUUACCGUCAAUAUCGUAGCCGCCAGUAAUUUGAAGCCGUUCUUCCCUGCUGCUGUGUACAAUGUCAAGGUCAGCGAGGGCGAGUUAAGGAACACUGGUAUCUUCUCUGUGACGGCAACUGAUCCUGAGGGAGGUGCAUUGACAUACAGCAUCAUUGCAAGAAUUCCUGUUCAGAAUACUAAUCCAGAUUUCUCUGUAAAUUCCAACACGGGUGAGAUUACCGUACAGAGGAAUCCUAGUCUCGAUCGGGAGUCAGUGGCCAACUAUGACUUGACAGUUGAAGCAAAAGACACAGCUUCCAAGACCGCUACUACAGUUGUUAAAAUAACUGUCACAGACAUCAACGAUAAUACGCCAGUCUUCCUCAAUGUUCCCUCAGCACCAAUCAAUGUCCCUGAAAAUGUUAACAAUGCUGUUGUCAUAGCCCAGAUGACUGCCCAGGACAUUGACAUCGGAAACAACAAGCUUAUCGACUUCCGUUUGGCUCCCGGGCAGCCCAUGUUCGCAAUCAAUCCUACUAACGGCAGGAUUACAACAGCACAAGGAUUAGACCGAGAGACCACAAGUAGCUACAAGAUCACUGUCCUAGCAGUUGAUAGGGGUACCUCACCACGAACUGGUACUGCGACGCUCAGUGUCCAAGUUACAGAUGUUAAUGAUAACAUCCCAGUAUUUGCGGCGACCAGCUACUCCACAACUGUUUUAGAAGGAAGGAACAACUUGGAGGUUAUAAAAGUUCCUGUGUUAGACAGAGAUCAAACACCAUCAGUUACAUUUAGAAUUCUUCCGACCACAAGCGGAACCACACCCACUGCUGAUACCUUCUUCUCCAUCUCUAAUAAUGGUCCAACUGAUCCAACGGGCGUCAUCAGAACCAUAAAGGCAAUCGAUUACGAGAAGGACCCCAAGGUUUUCAUCUUGGUGAUUUCAACAACUCAGGCUAGUGGCACGAAUAAUCCGCUGAUGACAUCGACUGUCACUGUCAGCGUCUUGGAUGUGAAUGACAACCGGCCAGUCUUCCAACCAGAACGCUACAAUAAGACGCUGAAUGAGAAUGUACCUUUGAAGACUGAUGUCGCCCAGAUGACAGCCACUGAUGCUGACACAACAGCUGAGAAUAAGGAAAUCUACUACACAAUUUCCAGUGUGCAACCGACAAGUGGGAAUAACCUGUUCCAAAUCAACAUUAAGACGGGCAAAAUGGUGACGGCUGAUGCACUGACGCGAGUCACAAAUUCCGACAUAUUCACCGUCACGGUCAAAGGAGAGAAUCUCAACCCUGCAACACCUUCGAUGACUUCGACAGCUAUCGUUACAGUCACGAUCACGAGAAACAGGGUGACACCAUCGUUUGCACCUAAUCCGCUGUCAAUCACAAGAAAAGAGACCGACUUAAAGAAUCCUGGUACACUGGUUCAAAAAUAUGCGGCUGUAGACAACGACCCGAGUCCAUUUAACAUAGUCAGGUACUAUUCACAAGGAGAUGUCGCUGCCGAAAGCUUCUUCGCUGUUGAUAACACGGGUGAAAUCAAAACGAUCAGGGACCUUACAACGGACCCAAGUCUUAAUUACAGGCUUGUGGUGGUUGCAGAGGAUGGUGGUGGGCGACGAGGUACGGGGACUGUCUCGAUUACAAUCCAGAGGAACCUUAAUGACCCUGUCUUCCAAGGGACUGGCACUGGCAACAAGGACUUUACAGCUGGCACUAUCCUGGACUACCAAGCUCCGGGUCAGGUGUUUUACACUGUCCCCGUCCGAGAUGCUGACAUACAGUCACCACACAACACCAUUGAAUGUACAAUGGUCGGCGAUGCUGUAGCGACUCCAUUUUUCCGGGUGAACAAGGAUACCUGUGGGAUAUCCCUUAUCAAAACGUUGGUAGGAGAGGCACCACUACAAUAUAAGGUUCUAGUGACCGCCAAGGACAAGGGCCUUCCAAAUUCGCGCACAGCAACUGUCACUGCUACAGUCACCAUACCCGUUGAUCGAAAUUUGAAGACGCCGAUCUUCUUCUCUAAAGUCUACUACAAGACAAUUGAUGCGACACAGCAGACCGGGAGGACGUUCAUGAAAGUCAGCGCAGAUGAUGCGGACACAAGUAACAAUUUCAGAAUUGUAUCAUACACCAUGCCUGGAGAUAUCGAUGGACCAAUAUAUUUCCAGGUCAAUACUCUCGGUGAUAUAAGCUUGAAAUCAAGCCUUCUGACAGUGGCCAACGACACUUUCACCCUUCGUGUCAAAGCCGCGGACAAUGGUAAACCGCCCCGUACAGCCUCUACCCUUGUCUUCAUCACAGUACGAAGGAACUUCAACCGGCCUAUUUUCCCCUCGCCGCUACCACAGGUCUCAAGAUCUGUCCUUGAGCACGAGCCCAUUGACAAUGUCUUCUAUACCGUGACGGCUACUGAUGCAGACACCCCUGGAACUCCUGAAAGCAAAGUCUUUUACGAGUUGGUUGGCGAUGUAGACGCUCUCAAGUAUUUCGGGAUCAAGCCAGUUGGCACUGGAGGUGGAAUCUACGUGCGGACGGCCCUCACACCCGGUGCUCCCAAGACACCCUACAAUCUGGAAAUUCGUGCAUAUGACGGUGCAAAGAACUCCCUUUCCAGCAGCCCGAAUGCCAAACUGAAUGUGAAUGUGUGCUACAACACAAAUCCCCCGGUUUUCAGCAAUCCUCCCAAAACACUUCCGACCAUCAAUACACCAAAUAGCGUCGCAAAUAGUCUCAAGCCCCUCGGAACAAUGGUGGCAAGUGACUCAGGCCAGUGUUACAACACAAGGACUUUCUCCAUCGAUGGUUACAACAACGCACAGAAUUUCUUUGAAAUCGGACCCACAACUGGUCGGAUCUCUCUGAAGAACAGCAUUGACGCAGAGACUACAACUCUUUACCAGCUUCGGGUGGUCGCCAAGGACGAUGGUAUCCCACCGAAGAGCUCUGUCGUCGUAGUGGAUGUACCAGUUAACAGGAAUCCCACCCGUCCUAGCUUUAACAGUGCGAACUUGAACAAGGCGAUAGCAAUUCUGGAGAUUCAAUCCACCGCCGUGCCUUUUGUAACGGUGUCUGCUACUGACCCAGAUAAGGCCCCGUACAAUGUCGCCUCCUACACAAUUGUAGGCGAGGGCACAGCCACAACCUACUUCUCCAUCAACAAUAAUGGUGAAGUCUCUGUGAAGAACAGGCUCUUCACCGAUAUAAGUCGCCUGGGAACAUACAGGGUGAAAAUUCGCGCAACAGAUGGAGGCGGUCUCAGCACGUCUGGUGCUGGAGAUGCCAUCUUGACAGUCACAGUGCAACGAAAUACAUUUACUCCAACCUUUGCCUCAGUUACGCGACCAUUGUCUGGAGGGACCCUACAAGGCCAAUUGGUCUAUACAGUUCCGCGUAGGGACGACGAUACACUGCCGGAAUUCAAUUUGGUUCGCUUUCGAUUGUUGGGUACAUUGAAAGCACAGGAAUACUUUUCGUUAAAUGCUGAUGGCAACAUCACUACCAAGAAGAAUCUUGAUGAUUUGAAUCAGGACCAAGUCAGGCUGCAAGUGGAGGCUUACGACAAUGGGAUCCCCAGCAAAACUUUCGUUGGAGACAUCACGUUUACGCUUAAUCAGAAUUUGAAAAGACCAGCUUGGGUCAUCCCUGGCCCCCCAAACUACGCAAUGACAACUCCUGAUAUUCCCGAAACUGCGGGUUUCAACAGAGUUGUUGCCACAGUCUCAGCCAAUGACAAUGACAAAUUUAGUCCAAACGACAAGGUGUCCUAUGAAUUGGUGGGAGAUGCCUUAUCUCUUAGCUUCUUCAAAGUUGAUCCCACCACCGGAGAAAUCACACCAAAGACUGGGUUAUAUCUGGAUACCAAUGCACCAGCAACAUACCAGCUUAAACUUCGAGCAAAGGAUGGUGGAAAGACACCUCUUACUGCCACUCCGGAUGCUACAGUCACCGUCAAGGUCAUCCGCAAUAAGAACGCUCCUAGCUUUGGCAACAAUUUGCCCGCUACAAAUAAUGUCAACGGCGAUGCUCCGGCAGGAACCCCGAUUCACAAUGUAGUGGUAACCGACAGUGAUCCAAGUCCUUUCAAUACAGUCACAUGUAGGUUAACUGGGGAUGGUUCGGCCCCAACACUCUUCUCGAUUGAUGCAAAUCGGCGCGUGACUCUCACCGGAAGUCUGAUAAACAAACCACAAACUCAAUAUACGGUCCGUGUGCAAUGUUGUGACUCUGGAACUCCGCCAAAGUGCACAGUUGGUACUAUCACAGUCAACGUCAAUCACAACCAGCACCCUCCAGUUUUCAGUCCGACCAAUUACAACGGCAACAUUGAUGUGACGUCGCCACCUGGGACGACUGUUACCAAAGUAACUGCUACGGAUGCUGACAAACUGGAGCCUUACAAUCAAACUGAUUUCAGCAUCGUAGGUGAUGCCAACGCGCAGUCCUUCUUCAGCGUCAUGCGCGAUGGGACAGUUACAUUGCUAAAGCAACCAACAGCUGCUGGAUAUACGGUGAAAGUUCGUGCCUGUGAUCGCGCACCCACUCCAAAAUGUACCACUGCUGCCACGGAUGCUACCAUCACUGUUUCUAACAAGCAGAAUACCCAACCACCCAGUUGGGUGAACACCAACUUCAAUGUGAAUGUUGACGAGACGAGACCGGCCAAUUUCCUCAUUACGACUGUCAGUGCAAGAGAUGGGGACAGCCCGCCAACAACUGUAACAUACAGAAGCAUAGGAGAUGGUGACGGUACCAAAUACUUCAAUGUUGAUAGUGGGAAUGGCCGAUUGACAGUUAAGAAUAUUCCGAAUACGAAAAAUCUGGUUGAUGCUCCGGACAAUAAGUACUUUAUGCGUGUCGUUGCUCAAGAUAGUGGGGCCCCCGCCCAAUCAGUGACCGGUGUCGUUACCAUAACGAUCAAUCGAAACCUUCACAUACCUAUCUGGACCACAGAUACAUACAAUAAGAAUAUCCUGGAAACGCUACCCUUUGGUUCUAGUGUUCUUCAAGUUACCGCUAAAGAUCAGGAUACUAAGGAUCCCUACCGUAAAGUUCAGUACGCCAUUGACACGCUGUCAACAAGCAGCAGAGGGGGGGAAUAUUUAACCAUCGACAAAGACACUGGUAUAAUAUCGGUGAAGAAGAUGGUUUCAUCAGACCCCAACAAGAGUCCGUACACGUUUGAUGUCACAGCUACAGAUUCUGAUACACCACCAAAACCAGCGGCCAAAAAAGCCCGUGUCACAAUAACAGUCAGCAGAAAUCUGAACCCGCCAACAUUUACUAAUUUGCCAAUACCAACUAACGCAGCCAAGGCGAAUGUGAAACGAGAUGCUAACCCAGGUACACAGGUCUUCAGAGCUAGCGCAGAGGAUAAGGAUACGUCUAAACCCUUCAAUGAGUAUCAAUUCAGCCUCAUUGGAGAUGGAUCGCCGAGCUUGAAUAACUUCCAGAUCGACCCCAACACUGGCAUUGUAACAACACGGACUUCAUUGUCUGGAACCGCACGGGAAUACCCACUACGUGUGAAAGUUGCUGACAAAGGUACACCAAGUCUUUCAAGUACAGCCACCUUCACUGUGACUGUCCAGCGGAACUUGAACAAACCCUCAUUUGCAUCAGCCAAGUAUACCAAAACUAUCAAGGAGAUUGAUCCAGUGGGAACGUCAGUUUUGACAGUCCUUGCAACUGAACCUACGAUAAAUCCAGACAGUCCUCCGGACAAUACUGUUAGGUAUUCUCUGACCAAUCAAUACUUUAUCAUCGACCCAAUAACUGGUCAGAUCAAUAUCAGGGAAUCUGUCAAUACCGGCAGCCUGACUCCUAAAAUGUAUACAAUGACAGUGACAGCUUCAGAUCAGGGAGUGCCAAUCCAAACAGCCACAGUCCCCGUUGAAAUUACUGUGGACAGGAAUGAGAAGGCGCCAGUGUUUGAUGCAUAUGCAGACCAGAAGAUCCUGGCAAAUAUUGGCAUCCCACAUAAUUUCCCACGAUUGAAUGCUCCAGAUGACGACAAAGUGGAUCCAUUCGACAGAGUCAGGUAUGCAAUCAUCGGAGAUGACGUUUCCCUACAAUAUUUCCGAAUCGAUCAGAACAGUGGUCUUCUGACAAUGACUAGGGCACCAGGAGCCAUUGAAUCAUUCAAGGUUGUGGUCGAAGCACGUGAUGGAGGCGUUCCGCCCAAGACUGAUACGAAAGUUGUCACAGUCACUAUCGACCUCAAUUUGAAUCCACCGACAAUUGACCCAAAUUCGAGAAAUAUUGUCAAAACCAUUCUUGAGGUCGAAAAGGUCGGCACAGUGUUGGAUACAGUGAAAGCUAGUGAUCCGGACAGCGGGAAAUAUGGAACUGUGACUUAUUCCAUGGUUGGUACCACGGUGGACCAGACGUACUUCUUUGUGGACCCAACAAAGGGCGAGAUCAUAGUGGCUUCAUCUCUCAUCAAUGCACCAACGGCCAAUUUCAACUUCCAAGUUGCAGCGAAGGAUGGUGGCAACCCGGCCAGGCCCUCGAGCCCGAACGCAAAUGUCAACAUCAGGAUUACCAAGUGUAAUGCGCCUCAGUUUAACCCGAGCUCUUACACUGCACCAAAAAUCCAGGAGACGCAGAGCAGCACUGCACCGAUCGUCACUGUCACUGUCUCGGAUAAUGACCAGGCACCCUGUAACACAUUCACCGUGACAACAAUUGGUGAUGGAGCAGCGUCGACCUACUUUGAAUACCGUUCUGACAAAAGGAUCUACCUCAAAUCCGGGGUGGAUCUGAAAAAAGAAACUCAGCAAGUUUACACGCUUCGCCUCCUAGCCAGAGAUAACAGUAUUCCGAGCCAAACCUCAACAGCGGUGGUCACAAUUAACGUUGAUCGCAACCUGUUUGCACCGCGAUUCCUUCACGGAGACUUGGUCCGCGACAUGAACUUCAAUGCACCACCGGGGACCUUCAUCGUCAAUGUCAACGCAACUGACGAUGACCAGCCCGGACCUGACAAGACCUUUACGUACUCAAUGGAUCCAAGUGGUGUUGUGCUAAACUUUUUCUAUGUGAAUCCUAACAGUGGUGUCAUAACACUGAAGUCAUCUGUAGCUCAAAGGACAGACAACACAUACUCCAUGAGAAUUCUCGCCACAGAUGGGGGAAAUCCAAGACGCAGCGGUACUGUGAACGUGAGGGUCAAUAUCGUCAAGGACAGUGGCACGCUUCGGUUUUCUACACCAAAUUAUGCUUAUACUAUGAAUGAAAACAGGCCCCUUGCAUACUCAGUGGGAAAGGUUUCUGCAAGUCCUCCGCCCGGCAUCACUUACGAUGUCGUUGGAACAAGUUCUGGACCGGAUUAUUAUGAGGUUGACCCGACAAAUGGCGAUGUUAAGGUGAAGAAGCCUCUCAAAGAAGACGCUGCUAAAUUGACAAGCUACAGCCUGAUCGUAGAGGCCACGAAGACGUUUGCUACAACCACACAAAAAGCCAGAGCAACGGUUACCAUCACCGUCCUGAGAAAUGUCAAUCCUCCUGUGUUCGCGCCAAAAAGUUAUUCCGAGACGAUUCCCGAAAAGAAGCCGAUAGGCGAACCGGUGUUGACCGUUGCUGCUACAGAUGCAGACAACGACACAAUUCUCUACACCAUGAUACCUGGUUUGUCAAGAGCAGCCGAGUUCUUCUAUAUCGACCCUCGUUCUGGCAAAAUCGUCGUCGCCAAAAACCUGGAGAACAGCAACAUCAAUAGAUUCGACUUCUCGGUACAAGCAAGUGACCAGCAUCCUCUAAAUCCAAAGACGGCGGUUGCCACUGUCUCCAUCACUGUCACCCGCAUUACAACGCCACCUAGGUUCAACGGCACUGGUACAAACGGUGGGAGUUAUUUCGUAACAAUUCCGCAGACGAGAAAAGUGGAUGAGUGGGUGACUACAGUUCUGGCAACUCCGCCUGUCGGCACAGGGGGUGUAAUGACGUAUAGGCCAGAUGGUAUUUGGCCAAGUCCGGAUAUGUUCAAAACAGUAAAAAACACAGGCCUGGGCUUUGAGAUUCGUGUGCGAAAUGAUUUGAAGACUAAAGACUUGGACAGAUACAUCUUACGCGUCCUAGCAUCCGAUAGCGCCAGUGAUACGUUGAUAGCCACCGCCUCUGUUACCAUAAGCGUGAUUCGUAAUCCAAACUCCCCAGUUUGGGUCGCCCCCCAACGUGGCCAGUACAGCGUCACUCUUCAAGAGACCGAUCUGUUUGAUGGAGGAAAAACCAUUGUGAAGCUCAGUGCCACAGAUGCAGAUGUUGGGGAUACUGUGAGUUACUCAUGGCAGAAUCAGAAGAAGCCAGAAACUGAUAUGUUCCGGCUUGAUGAGAAGACUGGCAUCUUUUAUUUGAAUAAGCCUCUCUAUGAGGGCACUGCGACGCAAUAUGUGAUGGAUGUGCGAGCUCAAGAUGACGGGUGGCGACAAAAGUUCUCCACCAAUGGGAGAGUCACUAUCACCGUCCGAAGGAAUACUCUCUGUCCCACUUUUGGUGGCAAUCCCAUUGGCCAAUAUUCUGGAACUGUCCUGGAGAAUGCUAUUAAUGGAUUCGUGAUUCCUAUCCAGCCUGGUAAUGUACAGGCGACUGACAAUGAUGCUGCUCCAUUCAACCAGAUCAGCUAUCAGGUCAUUGGGGACCCAAACGCUCCGGCAUAUUUCAUAUUCGACUCUGCAACCAAUCGUGUGUCUGUCAGGACUGCUUUGACUGCCGAGAACAACCUGAACUAUAUGCUUCGUAUCGUUGCCUCGGAUCCACACAAAGGAACGAAAUGUACGCCGGUCACUGCAUCCGUCUCCAUCACAGUUUCCCGAAAUCUAAACGAUCCGACAUUCGCAAAAACAGAUUACGCCGAAACGAUUCCCGAAACAAAAUCCCUGAAUCAAGCCGUUUUAACAGUGUCCGCCACAGAUAAUGACAGGCCCGGUCCAUGGAAAAAUAUCCGAUAUAAUAUCAUUGAGACCGCGGCACCGUCAAACAUCCUCGCGAGGCAGUACUUCAGGAUAGAUGCGGUCUCAGGCCAGAUAUUCGUGCAGAGCCCCCUCUAUCAAGACUCGGCCGACACAGAUGUGUACCAGUUCGAUGUUGACGCUAAGGACAUGGGUACGCCACAACGAGUUGCCCCGAGAAAAGCCAAGGUGACCAUAACCGUCAUCAGGAACAAGGUUGGACCUGUCUUCACCAAAAAUGUCUACACGACUACGAUCGAUUGGAACCACCAAACUUCACGGAGCGUGUUCAAGCUGACAGCAAAUGAUGCAUCUCCAGUACCGUUCAAGACCCUUGCAUAUGCCCAGACUGGCGUUGGAGAUGGCAACAUUUACUUCACUACCGACCCCACCACUGGACAAAUCAACCUCCACCAACCCAUACCUGACAAUAAUGUAAUGAAGUAUGUGGUAACCGUCCAAGCAAGUGAUAACGGCACUCCACAACGUCAUGCCAGUGCCCUAGUGAAUAUACUCAUCAACCGUAAUCUUAACACGCCAAGUUUUACAGGAAACUUGGUUUACACCAAGACCAUAUUUGAGAACCAAGCUGUUCUGGUACCAUUCCUGACCCUGACUGCAAAUGAUCAGGAUACCAGGGCUCCGUUCAACACCAAGACUUUCACGAUCCUGAACAGUCCUAGGGCGCUGGAUUUCAUCACAAUUGAUUCAGAUGGACGAGUCUUUCUGAAGAAACCUGUCAUUGGUAUACCAGAGAAGAGCUUUCAGUUCGAUGUACAAGUUAGCGACGGUGGUACUCCCCCCAAGGUCGGCACCACACAGGCAAAAGUGACCAUCACAAUCAUCAAGAAUGAUGCUACGCCGGCGUUCGCAACGGUGCCGCCUUGCAAUAGAGCUCUGCAGGAGAACCACCCAGUCCGUUCGUCGGUCUCAGCCGUAAGCGCGACCGACACAGACCCGGGUGACUUUGGUAAGGUCAUUUACUUCAUGAUUGGCGAUGGAAAUGCCCCAACAUUUUUCGAGGUGAAUGUCAAUUCAGGAGAGAUCAGCUUGAAGGGUACUAGUCUUGCUACAGAUCCAAGCUCCGUUUACACGGUUCGCAUACAAGCCCAAGAUGGCGGCAGCCCAAGCAAGUUUGCCACAACAACUUGUCAGUUUACAGUGAACCGUAACAACAAUCCACCCGUCUUCACAACUCAGAGUCUUUCACUCCCGAUUAUUGAGAUCCCGGAGACGGAGAAUUUGGGAAUAAAACUAGCAACUUUGUCAGCCACCGAUAGUGACAAGCAGCCCCCAAAUGAUGUAGUCCGUUACUACCUUAACACUGGGACCGGCUCGGAAUGCUUCCAGAUAGAUGCAGUAUCGGGCAUCAUAUCUUUGAAGCGGACACUACAGCUUGCGCCCUGCCUGGCCAAGACGUACAACAUCGUAGCAUACGCGGUCGACCUCGGCAAGCCCUCUGAGACAACCCGCCAGAACGCUACCGUCAGGUUGUCUGUCACAAGGAAUACAUUUCCGCCGGUGUUUCAGAAUAUGCCGUACAGAUUCACUAUAAGUGAAGCUACUAAAACGAAUGAUGUAGUCUACCAGGCCGUGACAGCUACUGAUCAAGAUAGUGUUUCACCAUACAACCUAGUCAAGUAUCAGCUCAUUGGCGAUGAUGCUGGGACAACUAAGUUCAAGAUUGAUUCAAUAUCUGGCAACGUCUCUCUGAUGAAUACAGUCUUGCCUGGAACUAUCGAAAAGUACACGCUGCGUGUUCGAGCUUACGAUGGUGGCAAUCCGUCACUCUGGACGACGGCGCUGGUUCAGGUCACAAUCAACCGUAAUUUCUUCACUCCAACAUGGACGAAAGUCAACUAUGAGACGACUAUUCCGGAUACACAGCAAGUCGAUUUAUCUUUCUUGCAGUUAACUGCCUCAGAUCAGGACUCAAAGGACCCAUACAAACUGUUGAGAUUCGAGAUGGUUAGCACGACUGAAGCCAUUAAAUACUUUGAAGUGAACCUGACAUUUGGGUCUAUAUCAGUCAGGCAGCCUCUUCGAAAAGACAGAGACCGAUAUAUUGCCACCAUCAAAUUGACCGAUCGCGCCCCGACACCACGCACAGCCACUGUGUCAGCGACAGUGACCAUCAAUGUCUACCAUAACAAGAACUGCCCGACAUUUACUCCAAGGGUACAAUAUAAGCAACUCAAUGACACGUACCAAGGGAGCAUCGGUGUUUACAAUGCAACAGAUAACGACCAGGCAUCAUUUAAUGCCAUUCAAUACACCAUGCUUGGACUUGAUAAAGCUGCGCAGCUGUUUUCAGUGAACAGCAACACUGGCGAGAUUAGUACGAGGACGUCUAUUGCUGGUCAGUCGGACCUCGCCUAUACUAUUUUGGUCCAGGCGAAAAACACCGCGAGUAAUUGUCCAAAUCCUGGCAGAAAUUCCGAGCUGACUCUCCACGUGACGGUCGACCGGAACCACCUGAGACCAUACUGGUUGCAAGGCCAAGCGGAAGGAUGGAGGAGAGGCAUCGAGACCACAGAACUCUCAACUGACUUAAUCUAUAACACCAAAGGAGCUAUGGAUGACGACAAGCAUAAUCCAAGUAAUGUAAUUCGAUACAGAAUAGCUUUUGACUCUCUAAAUAAAGACCUCAUCACUGUCGACCCCGUGGGAGUCAUUCUAAACGGUGUACCAAACUUCAGGUUCAGGACCACCCUGUUUCCAUACGCCAUUACUAAAAAUCAAAUUCCGUUUAAAGUGAAUGCCUACGAUCUUGGCACGCCCAGUUUACAGACAGUCCAAAACCUGACCAUGACGUUGAUCAUCUUCCGAAACACAUUGCCCACUUGCAACACCACCAAUCCUAUUGUGGAUGUGCCAGUCAACGCCCAAAAGGAUGCUUUAGUUACCAAGCUAGACUUCUUCGACCCAGAUCGGAGGUCUCCAUUUGACCCAUCCACAGUCCAGUUUCGAGUCAUUGGCAUCGAAGGUGCAGCAAACUACUUCAGGGCCGAGAAAUCUGGUGAAAUCAAGCUGGUUCAGGCCAUAGCAUCAAGUAAAGUUACUGAAUACAAGGUCCAAGUUCAAGUUUCUGAUGGAGGUGGUGGAACCUGGACCAAGUGGAAUAGUUGUUACGUGACAGUGAGAGUAUCCCUGAAUCUGCAAGCUCCCCAAUUUCUGAACCCAAUCUACAUGAAGGAUGUGCUUGAGAUACAAACUCUUGGCCAGCAAAUUAUAAAAGUUUCAGCAGAUGAUGCUGAUGCUUCGCCACCGUUCAACACUGUCUUCUACCGCCUGUUGAAUACAAGUGCAAAUACAGCAAAAUUCCUCCAAAUCAGUGCAACAACCGGAGAAAUUUCCUUAAAAUCCCCACUAAAUGUCCCCGGAACUCCAAAUCGCCUCGAUGCCACGGUGCAAGCUUACGAUGGUGGAAACCCCUCAAGGAAUGGUAGCAAUGUUGCCAACGUGAUCAUCACAGUGAAACGAAAUGACCACGCCCCGACCAUGAAUUUGCCACAAACAAUCACGGUCAACAAGAAUUCACCAGCGGGGACUGUGUUUACUGUCAUUGGAGACGACAAAGACACGGUGGAUCCAUUCAAUAAGUUCUCCUUUGAAUUGCUCGGUGACGCCAAAGGCAAAGCAUUGUUCAGUCUCACUCCACCAGGAAUCAGUAAAAAUGCCCAAAUUUCACUGAAAACAAGCAACAGUCUGGUGGCCGAUCCAGAUAAUAAAUAUGAGCUUACCAUUCUGGUCAAAGAUCGAGGUAUUCCAGCCAAGUCAGCGACCGGAACCCUUACCAUGAAGGUUGAACGUAAUCAGGCAGCGCCUACCUUCAAUGCCGUCGCCCUAGUCCUCCUCAACGAGACUGAACCACGAGGUCACUUGGUUUAUACCGUAACAGCCACGGAUGCAGACAUCCCCAAGCAGAAUAUUACAUACCGUCUGAUUGGUGAUGGAACUGCCGUUAGCCAAUUCAUGGCAGACCCUAACACUGGACAGAUAUUUGUAAGGAAUUCACCCAAAGACACAGGAAUCGAUUUAUAUAAGCUGAUUCUGACCGCUACCGAUAACGGCACGCCACCUUUGACUGGUAGAGUAACUGUGGAUGUGCGGAUAAUUCGUGAUACAUACAAUCUGACCCUGCCCAAGGAAUAUAACGUGACGAUGUCGGAAAACUGGCCAGUCGGCAGACAAGUCAACGUUCCACUGGUUACGAAUCCCAAUCUGAAAUACGACAUAAUUGGUGAGAACUCUGCAGACCAAUACUUCAAGGUCGUGCAAAACACAGGACAGUUACAGGUCAAUGAGGUUCUGAAGACGGACAAAUCAGAUAUCGGAUACUACAAGGUUCUAAUUCGUGGUAUCUACACCAACAUCGGGAGUCAGACUGCUACAACGCUCGUCCAUGUGUAUGUCACUCGGAACGAGUUCCCGCCAGUUUGUGUGAGAACAAUCACCACCUCGGAUAUCAGUGAAGAUUUCCCCGUCGGUAAUCGUAUCAAUACGGUUAGUGCUACCGACCAGGACAAGGAGGAUCGCCUGUCCUACAGCAUCGUACCAAGUGUCCUACCCAACACCGAUUCGACCAUGUUCUACAGCAUUCCCGCCACUGGCGAGAUCAGAUUGGCCAAGAGUCUCAAAGGAACAUCCAAGGUUCAAUAUACGCUCCAAGUUAGCGUCACAGACAACGCACCUCCACAGGCAAAGUCUGCUACAUGCACCCUUGUCGUCAACGUCAAGAUCAACAAAUUCGAACCCGGAUUCACCGAAACGACCUACAACACGCAGCUUUACGAUACUGAACCAAUUGGAUACGAACUACCCAUUCAGGUCAUUGCUCGCGACCCAGAUCAACCCAACGAUGUGAUGAUUUACGAGGUUAUUGGCGAAACGAAAGCCAAGAUGAUCUUCCAGAUUCCACUCAACACUGUUGGUAAGAUCACCGUCUUGAAUACCACGGAGCUGACGAGGGAUCUAUCAGAUCCACAUCACGUCGUUGUAACUUCCUACGUGCAGGGUAGCCCCCAGAUCAAGGCCACUGCCACCGUCACCGUCACAGUGCUGAGGAAUCGGAACGCUCCAAUUUACGAACAGAAUCCGUACCGCAUCACCAUCACUGACAGGUACAAAGCUGGUGACAAGGUUAUCGACGUCAAGGCCAAUGAUGCGGACAAGGAUACGAUGACGUACAGUAUUGCCAGCCAAACCAAUGAUUAUUACUUCAUGGAUCCGCCAACAGGAAAGAUCACACUGAUCAAGCCAGUCACAGACAAGACGCAUUCAACUGAUACGAUUCAACUGCGUGUAGUUGACAAUGUCCCGAUAAAAUCUCAGAGAACUGGCACAUCGUCGGUCAUCGUCACAAUUGAACGCGAUCAGUUUUCACCUGUCAUGGCCGACAAGACCAACCAGAUAGCAAAGACAGCUGCGGUGAAUUCCACGGCGAUUGCGAUGAGAGCCACAGACCAAGACCUUAAGGGACAAAUGAUCUAUAAGCAGGAUAUGUCGGAUUACUUUGCCAUCAACGCAGCAACUGGUGACAUCUUCGUCAAGCAAAGCCUUACAAAAGAUCCAUUCAAGGCUAAUGUAUACAAGCUUCGUGUCAAAGCCUAUGACUCACUGUACCCUAACAACGUUGCCACAGCGACCGCCACCAUCUUGGUCACCAGGAAUCCGAAUGCGCCCACUUUUAUCCCUCCCGCGACAGGAUCAUUCUACAAGAAGAUUUCAGAAAACUACCCACUCGGUCAAGAAGUUCUCAAGAUUGCUGUUAAAGAUGCAGAUGGGGACACUAUUCGAUGCACAAGAGUUGGCGUCAAUGAAUACUUCUACGUCACCCCAGAUACCUGCCAAGUUUUCCUCCGAAAAUUGCUCACCGCACAGAAAAAUGUCAACACUGUCCAAUUCGAUGUGAUUAUCUCUGACCAGCAUCCCGUCGAACCUCUAACGGUUACUGCUAACGUAAAGAUCGAUAUUGACAGGCCCAUAGCCACCCAGCCACCAACUAUAACAAAUGCUGGUACUUUGUCCAUCAGUGAAUGGGAAGAUGAGCCAAUCGGAAAAGAGGCGGCCAGAGUGUUGGCCACUGUCCCAGGUGGUGUUAAGGGUAUCCUUACCUACAAAAUCACAGGCCAGCCACCAGCAAACCAGUGGUUCAAGAUUGAUAAUGCUGGAGUCGGGCUCACCCCAGGAGCCAUCAAGAUCAACACUGACUUGAAGAAAACAUUUGGAUACAAUUUUAAGCUUGAUGUUGAAGUGCACGACAGUUUCAGCCCAACGAAAGUCACAAAGGUGACGAUACCCGUUGUAAUUAAGCGUAACAAAUAUGGGCCUGUGUUCAACCCGAACCAGAACAUUACGGUGUCUGUAUCGGAGGAACGGCCACCUGGAUAUUGUAUCCAUACAUUCACGGCCACAGACCAGGAUAAAGACGUUGUGCGCUAUGACUUCUCGGGGAACGGUACAACAGUGAAGGGCCUCAACUACUUCAUGAUCGACUUUAAGACCGGAAAAGUUUGCAUCAAGUCAACUCUGAAAGCUGACCCAACGAAGGAUGCCUCAUACAUGCUCCCCGUCAUCGCUGUUGAUCAGCGGGGGACGAUUGAAAAGACCGGACAGGUGAUGCUGACUGUCAACGUAAUUCGCGACAAGUUUGCGCCAACCUUGACAUUCAACCCCAAUCCAGGAAGGCGUACAGAAACUGAUGGUGUGAAUACUUUGGCUACCACUGCCAGUGCUAGUGACGGGGACAAGAGAGGCAACUUCGUGUACAGCCUCACCGGAGAUGGAAACACGCCGGCGUAUUUCAAGAUCAAUCCCAGUAACGGCCAGCUCACUGUCAAUGGUGACCUGAAGAAGGAUACAGCAACACAAUACGUGGCACGCAUCCGCGUCUACGACGAUGCUUUCCCAGGCAACACUGCGACGAGUACCGUCACCAUUCUGGUGGAGCGAAAUAGGAAUGCACCAAUUUGCGGCUCCAAUCCAAACACGCUGCUGGACGAGCUGGCCAGUGUUGCCACAAAGAUCUCGACUAUCAUGGCAACUGAUGCCGACUCGGACCCACUCAGCUACAGGUUAAUGCAGACUACCCCAUCGACUACAGACCUCUUCUUUGUCCAUCCCACGACUGGAGAAGUCUGGCUAAGGAAACCUAUCUACCCCAUCGUACCUCCGCUGACUAAUACUCAAUCCUACAAACUUGAUGUGAAAGUGUCUGACCAGAGGCAGCAAGUAAAGACGGUCGACUGUAGUGUCACCUUCAUCAUAAGACGAAACAGGUUCGAUCCAGCCUGCACGCCAACCAAUCAAUUCAGGGCAGAUAUCAACGAAGACAAGCCUGUGGCCGAGAAGGUCCUUGAUGUCACUGCUACAGAUUCUGAUAUGCAGGGUAACAUGAUGUAUGUGGUGGUUGGCGACAACCCAGCUGACAGUUUCUUCAAUUCAACCUUGGUCAAUCGAAAAGCAGAAAUCAGAGUUGCCAAGAAGUUAUCCCUAGAUGGGCUGAAGACGUCGCAAUACAUGUUGAAAGUUGCUGCCUACGAUUCCAAGUACCCCAACAUAAGGGCGACGUGUACUGUGACCAUCAAUGUACAGAGGAAUCCGCUGACACCAAGCUUCAGGCAAAACAGUUUCUAUUUCACGUUCUCCGAGAAAACCGAUCUCUCAAAGACUAUUAUCUAUGAAAACGCGACUGACUCUGCUGGUACGAAUUUGGUCUACAGCAUUGCGGACUUUACGGCAAACAGCGGUGAUGCUUCCUUCUUCUUCUUGGAGAGUCCAUACAGAGGUCAUGUAUUGCUGGCCAAAUCCCUUUCGACCACCCCAAAAAAGGAGCUUAAGUUUAAUCUGAGGGCGUGUGACAACGGUGCACCAAUCAAGUGUGGUGUAGCUGAUGUGACUGUCAAUAUCACACGGUUCCGCCAGCUUCCCAACUUCGUCCAAACAACGUAUCGUGCCACGAUUAUUGAGACAAGACCGAUUGGUUACUCUAUCCUCAGAGUGUCUGCAGUAGAUAAUGAUGCAGGAAGCCAAAUCGCUUAUGAUUAUGGUCGCAUGAACAACCCAUUUGGCGUAGAUAAAACCUCAGGUAACGUGUCGGUCAUCUCAAAUCUGAGGCUGGACGAUAAGACGCAAUACAUGUUCCCCGUGUAUGCAUGGGAUAAGAACGACCCCACAACCAGUGCCACAGCAUCUGUAAUCAUUACCGUGGUCCGGAAUCCAGCCACUCCAUUAUUCAACAAUACGAACUUCGCCGUCACCAUCCACGAGACACAGACAAUCGGCGUCUGCUUCUUCAGCGUCACUGCAACAGACGCUGAUAAUGACGUUCUUCUGUACUCCUUCCUUGGUAAUCAGCUCACAAAACCUAACAUGUACUUCUACGUCAACCCGGCCGAUGGAUGUAUCUCCGUCAAGUUACCAUUGACGCAAGACGGCGACAGGACUUACUCCCUGCAAUUACAGGCUUCAGAUCAACGUGGCAAAUUUGUCAAGACCGGUCGUACCCAAGUGACAGUGACUGUGACGCGAGACACACAGCGGCCGUCGUUCACCCAGUGUCCUUCCAACCAGUUCAUAAAUAUUCCUCUCGGUUCUGUGAUUGGCUACAAGGUGCCGGUUACUAUUGCGGCCAGCGAUACCGAUCUGAAGGGGGUUCUAAGAUACACGCUGAGUGGCCGAUAUCCCUCAAGAAAUUUCUUCACCCUAAAUACUGCCAAUGCUGAACUUAAACUUGCCCAGCUUCUUCAGAAUGACAAGGCCUCUACCGAACAAUACCCGAUUGAGAUCACUGCCUACGACUCGUUAUACCCCACAAGGACGGCAAUAUGCUCAUUUACCGUCUCGGUCAACCGAAAUCCGAACGCUCCCCGAUUCACCAAUCUGGCGCCGAAUGUUAACCGAUACGAGAACACGAUACCAGAUACAACGAAGGCUGGAACUGUCAUCAUCCCAGUCACUGCAACCGAUGCUGAUGGGGAUCCGCUCACAUACUCAAUCAUCAAGAAUACUGCUGGAAAUGAGGCCCUGAAAUUCUUCUUCAUGGAUGGAACCAACAUUAAACUUUUCAAGUCACUGACGGGAAGUCUUACUGAAUACAACUUCAAUGCGCAAGCCUGCGAUAACAGGACACCUAGAAAGUGUGGCAACGCUAACGUGAAGAUCGUCAUUACACGUUCGGCCAUGUUACAAGCUCCAAUCUUUGACAGUAAGACAUACAGCAUGUCUGCCGAUGAGAACGCGCCUAACAACUCACCAAUCGGAACUGUUACAGCUAGACUUCCUUCAGGACAGGGACAAAUUCGUUACCGCGUGACUGGCACUCCAGUAGCUAUGGGCGUAUUAGCUGUCGACGCUAGCAGUGGGGCCGUCAGGGUCAUCAACACAGAUGUGCUAAAGGGAAGUACAGCUAGGAACAACUACACGGUUAAUAUCGAAGCCUACAAUAGUCUGAAUAAUAACCUUGUUGAUACAUCGGUCGUGACAGUGACUGUCGCGAGGAACCCAAGUCCGCCCGUCUUCAGUGGUUUACCGUGCCAGAGAACGAUAGACGAGAUUCAAGCAGUUCCGUUCCAACUCUUCACAGUUCAGGCCACAGACGCUGAUAAGGACGUUCUUGCGUACACAUUGGAAGGUAACCCAGUCGAUUUGCAGUAUGUACGGCUCCUCUAUAACAACGGCACAGUCGAGUUGGUGAAGAGUCUAAAGGGAUCUAAACUUCCCAGACUAACUUUCACUGUCAGUGUGAGUGACCAACGCCAGCCGACUCCAAGAAUCACCAAGAAAACAUGCACCCUCACCGUGAACACGUUCUCGCAGCUUCCAAGGUUUAUCGGCCCUCCGGCUAACUUUUCUGUGACCAUUAAUGAGACCACUAAAGUUGGAGAGUGUGUCACCAAGAUUAACGCCAUUGACGCUGACCUUCAGGGUCAACUCCGCCAUGAUGUAAUGGGUAUCGGGCUUGGGCCAAGUUUCUUUAGCGUGGACCGAAGCAAUGGAAGCAUCUGUGUAAAGCACGACCUCAUGCAGAACAACGAUAAAUCAUACCUGCUUGCUGUGGAUGUCUACGACUCGACGUUCCCCAAUGAAAAGACUCGAUCGUUCGUGACAAUCUACGUGAAUAGGAAUCUAUUCUGCCCCGCCUUCACUGUUGGGGCGUACCGAGCAGAAGUACCAUUUGAUACUGCGACCUUCCUGGUGCACAGGGUUAGAGCUAAUGACCAAGGAGGGGAUCCCAUUAAUUACCAACUGGAAGCCCCCACACCAGCUAUUGGGGCCUUUUUCAUGAUUGAGCAACAGAAUCGACCAGGUGUCGUUGGCCGCAAUGACGGUGUGAUUUACUUACGCAAACCAAUCACCUCCAGCUUCCAGGAUACAACGUUGACCGUGGUGGCCACUGAUAGGCCUAAGACAGGGGUACCAUGCCGAAAAACAGCAACCUUGAGUAUUGUUGUUAAAAAGGCACCUACAUUUGGUCAAUCGAACUACAUUGUCAAUAUUGCUGAGAGUCGCCCUGUUGAUAACAAUCCAUUAGUCACUGUGCAGGCAACCGGCCCAGGGGGAGUCAUCAAAUACGGGGUACGAACCGACACCUUUCCUGCUCCUCUCUUCUUUAAAGUCAAUGAGACCACUGGCCAAGUAUUUCUUUUCAAAGAUCUCAAGACGGACGCAUCAAAACCCGCCCAAUAUCUGCUGAAUGUCGAAGCAUACUAUACCGCCUACCCCAAAAAUACCGGUCUGUCCAAGGUGACGAUCAAUGUCAAUCGCAACCCGCUUGCUCCUGGACUCAACAAACUGACAUACGACGAGACAAUUAGGGACAGUGAUAAACCACUGACGAAAAUAGUUGAUUUGAAUGCGACCUUUACGGAUGGGCCAUCUUUGGUGUACACCAUCAAAGGAGCCCCGGCAGCCACGCUCGCAUAUUUUGCCGUCGUUCGUGACAAUACAUCACCAGGUUGGCAGGAAGGUUUGGUCUAUUUGAAGAAGUCCAAUCCACCGCUAAACAAGUACUCGUUCAACGUUGAAGUCAGUGACCUAGGAACGCCGGAGAAGACCGUCACCGCGACCAUCAAUGUGGCCGUGUUGCGGGAUCAGGGACCACCGCAAUUCACCAACAUGGCAAAUUAUGUCACCACCGUCAAUGAAAACGAACUGCCUAGAACUGGGAGACAAUUGAUUACGUACACCGUUUCGGAUACUAAUUCUGUUGGUACACUUGUGGUGGAGCCAAUUGGUUUCAUGGCAGCUCCAGCAUAUUUUGGUCUUAACCGGCCAAAUUCAGGUGCUGUCCUGACGAACAGCGUCCUAGAGGAGAGGACACUCCAGUACAUUCUCGGAUUGAAAGCCUACAACUCCGCCUACCCAAAUAACCCUGCAUACGCUAACUUAACGUUCAACAUCAACCGCAACGUGAAUGGACCAAUCUUCAAUCCAAAGGCAUAUAGCAAACAAGUGUCCACACAGCUUCCUCUUGGCGGUGACAUUGCUAGUCCUACUGCGACCGAUCUUGAUAAAAAGGAUGUUCUCGCAUACAGCAUGACUGGGAGCCCCGCCUGUAAGGAGUACCUCUUCAUCGACUCCACGACUGGUCUCAUUAAACUCAAGAAGCUGCUCACAACCGCCGGAGCACCGACGUCUUUCGCGUGCGGCCUCUCUGUGACGGACAAUGCUUAUCCAAAAGCUAAGACGGACACCGCCACUCUUUCUGUGACUGUCACUUCAAAUGCGAUCAUCCCACCAUCGCUAAAGAAUGCUAUCUACACUGUCACUAUCCCUGAAACAGAAGCUGUCAACAGCAGGGCUAUUGAGAAGAUUGAUGCCACGUUGCCACCUGGCAAGGGCACUGUCACAUGUCGUGUUUCUGGAGAGAAGACAGCGCCUGAUUACUUCUUGGUCAUUCCCACUACCUGUGAGGUCAAGGUUAAGAAGGAUCUCCGUGAUGACCCGACCAGACGCACAGAAUACCGGUUGAAUGUUGCUGCUUGCAACACACUCGACCCGAACAAUGCCUGCUCCACUGCCAGGGUGGAUAUCACGGUGCAACGCAACCUGAACGGACCUGAAUUUCAACCUAAUAAUCAAUAUACCACAGAGGUUAACGAAGACCUACCCAUUGGCAACACAUUGUCGGUCAAUGUCAGGGCGACCGACAAGGAUAAGAAUGACAAGAUUACGUACAACUACUGCGGCCAAACGACUGACAAUUCCGUGGCAUACUUUGUGGUCAAUCCAGACAGUGCCAAGAUCAUCCUCAUCAAGAACUUGGCCCCAGACAAGUCUGUGAAUCAGUUCAAAUUCAUCGUGUGUGCGAAGGACGAGGGCACACCAAGAAAGGUUGCCACAGCGACAGUCACAAUCAAUGUUAAGCGAGACAUGAACAUGCCGCGUUUCCUCAACUUCCCGGUCCUAAAUGUGACCAUCAAUGAAAACCAUGCCGUAAAUGCACCUGUGAUGAAGGCAUCAGCUACUGACGUCGACCCAGGAAGUACGAUCAAUUACGAGAUACUGAAAGACCCCUUUGGAUAUUCCAACUACUUCAACAUCAAUCGAACCAGUGGACAGAUUUCAUUGGGCAAGAGCGUGAUGAAUGAUCCUACAAAGUUCUAUAAGUUGGACCUUGCGGCGUACGAUACAGCAUGGCCUAAGAACAAGGCAUUCACCACUGGAUACGUCUACGUCAACCGCAAUCCAAACGCUCCAGUGUUUUCCUCCAACAAUUACAAGAAGACCAUCAACGCUACUUUCCCCGUGGGUGACACGAUCCUAACAGUAUUUGCCACUGAUACAAAAGAUAAGGAUCAAGUCCGAUACCAGUUCUCCCCAGGACCACCAGCAGUCAUUAGCAGCUACUUAUACAUCGACCAGUUCAGCGGUGAGAUAAAACUCAGGAAAAGCUUGGUCGAAGUGAGAUCUAUAACGUCGUUUACGUUCAAAGUGAUGGCUCUUGAUGUUGCCACACCACAACGGACCGUUGAGUCAGAUGUGGAGAUCAUCAUUCUCCAUGAUGAUGUGCACACCCUCCUUUGGCAAUUACUUCCCUACGUAAGGACAAUUAGUGAAAACGAUCCGGUCGGUACCACGGUCAUAACUGUAGAGGCAAAGGACACUACAAGUAGAAAGGGGGCCAUCCGUUACAGCAUCACCAGCUUUCAGCCCAUCAGCGAUUUGUUCAAUAUCGACCCAGCCACUGCCCAGAUCACCACCAAGACGGAUCUAGCCACACGUCCAGACAUCAAGUACGAGAUCGGACUUAAGGCGUGGAAUACAGACAAUCCUGCUGUGUUUAUUGUGACAACAUUGAUUGUCAACGUGAAUGUGAAUGAAAAUGCCCCUGUCUUCUGGGACCUGUCGACCAAUCAACGGACAAAUAUUUACCGCGUGGUAAACUUAUCAGAGAAUGCCAAACCCGGAACGUUAGCGUUUAAAGUCUAUGCUAAUGACACGGAUAAGGGUCCCAAGGGACAGGUGGUCUACUCAGCCCGCAACACCUCACCACAGAAGGCACAUAACUACUUCUCAAUCAGCGCAAACACAGGUGAAAUAACCGUCUCAGGUAAAUUGACGGACCCAACCAUAAGAAACGAGAAUAUCCUCCAGUUCCACAUCCAAGCCUGUGAUAAGGGAUCUCCAGCCAAAUGCACCUCAGCUAGUGUUGAUUUCCAACUGUUGAAGAACACCCACAGACCUGUCUUCAGCCCAACAACAUACUUCAAGACAGUCCCAGACAGUCACCCGGUCGGCCAAGAAAUCGUAAAGGUCACCGCAACCGAUGCUGAUGAUAAGGCAUCGCCUAACGGACAGUUUGGGUACGCGAUUCGACCAGCAGAUCAAUUCUUCCAAAUCAACUCAGACGAUGGCACAAUCUCAUUCAAGAAAACAAUGCUUAACGAACCAGCCAAGUUGUACCGACUAGCAGUUUACGCAAUCGACAAGGGAAACUUCCCUUUGACUAGUCAGGUGUCUGUAAGCAUCCAAGUCACCAAAGGACAAGCCGCACCAAUCUGUGGGCGCCCGGUGGAAAUAACCAUGAAUGGCUACUCCAAGGAUACAACUAAAGUCCUGGCGACUGUUCAAGCCACCAAUCAAGACAAGCAGAAUCCGACCAUCUUCACUCUGGAGGGUGAAGCUCAAGCUAAGCAGUUCUUGAGCAUUGAUUCGCGCACGGGAGAAAUCAAACUCAUCAAGUCGCUUACAGAGAACAUCGCUUCAAGAUUUGUCCUUAGAAUCCGUGUGAGCACCGCAGUUGCACUCGUUGGUAACGAAUGCACGGGUGAAAUGCGUAUCAUCUGGAAUGAGCACCCGCCCAUCUGUACCACUGGGCAGGCUACCACCACAAUCCUGGCAGUGCAGAAUUCUCUUACCCCCUUCUUCACGUUCGCAGCAACAGAUCAAGAUCCAUCUAAUGUUCGUAGCGGUCAACUGAAGUACGAGAUCAAUAUCGACCGCUCCGAUCCACGCACGCAACAGAUCAAGGACCUCUUCCGCAUCAACGCCCGUAACGGUUCGGUCUACGUCAACCCAAAUCAACUCCUCAUGGACACCUCCCUCCGUGUCUCGUACACAAUCGGGGUGACGGUAUUAGACGAUGGCCUUCCACAAUUCAGUGACAGUUGUUCGGUCAAAGUGGACGUGACAAGGAACACCAACAGUCCCCAGUUCCAGCCAAGAAGGUACAUCGUGUCUGUCAACCAGACAGUACCACUGAAUACCCCAGUGGUGGACACAAAGGCGACAGAUGCAGACGGGCAACCACUGAUAUACACAAUGGCUGACAGCGACCAGAGCAAUGGAUUGUCGUUCUUCGAAGUAAAUUCUACGAACGGUAUGAUACGAACAAAGGGGAAUCUUGCUGCUACCAACAGGAACCGUUACCUGUUUACCGUUACGGCAACUGAUAAUGGUCAGCCAAAGAAGAGUGGGACCGCAGCCGUCACCAUCAUCAUCAUCAGGAAUAUCUUUGCACCGAUCAUGUUCCCGAAGAACUACAAUGUCAGUGUCUCACAGUGGAUACCGCUGCAGACGACAAUAGUGACACUCAAAGCAACGGAUCAGGAUCCGAACACAAUCUUGACAUAUAGCAUGGAUAUGAGUGGUGGCCAAUUCGUCACUGAACACUACCAAUUCUUCCUUAUUGAUGGCAGCUCUGGUGCACUCCGUGUCAAGUCGAAACUCAACCAAGCGAGCAAGGAUGAUUAUGCUCUGAAUGUGAUGGUCCAGGACAACUCGGUAGGAUUUAAUGUGCCAGUUAAGAAGGACACUGGCACCGUGGGGGUGCAUAUCAUCCGGAACCAAUAUGAUCCGAUUUUUAGCCAGAAGACCUAUGUCGUCAACGUUACAGACAACCAACUUGGCAAUAUACUGAGCCUCAAAGCUUCCGAUCUCGAUAGGAACACCCCCAACAGCGGCUUUGAUGCGAUGAUCUCCUAUAAACUGAUAGCGGAUGCUAACGCGCAGAAGUUCUUCCGUUUACAAUGGCCAAGUCAGGAUCUGCAGCUCUACAAGAUGUUGAAGAAUGACGAGACCAAACCACUCCCCUCAUCUUUUGUGAUGACCGUGACAGCUGAGAACGAGCGGGGCAAUCCCUACAGGUCGAGCAAUGCCACAGUCUACGUCUACGUCAACCGGACGUUCGCCGAAGUCGGAGAGAGAAAGCUUGGAUUGAUCCUUCCAGAAUUCCAUGCCAAGCUGAAGGAGAAUACUGCACCAAACACCUUGGUUACAACACUUGACGUCCUCUACCAGAACAUCAAUAAGGGAAUCAAAGGAACUCUAACCGGUCCACCUGGUUCGGAGAAAUCUUUCACCAUCCGACAGUCAUCGAGACUUACGGGUGAAAAAGAUCUCGAUAUCCUGACGGGAGUACAGCCAGUCGAUCAUGAAGAAAAGUCACGAUAUGAGUUCGAUGUGUAUGUGGCGUAUUCCGAUCAAAGAACCAAGAGGGAUGUUGACUUUGAAAUAUUGAGUCGUCAAAAGAGGCAAUCCUAUCGAUCGUUCAAUCCUGUCAAGCUGUACAUUGAGGUUCUCGACGUGAAUGACAAUGCACCGGUUUUCCUGUUCCCUAUCUACCCAAAACAGAAUGCCUCCACUAACAACAAGUAUUUCUGUGCCAUCUCCAGGCUCGCUUCAGUCCACAAGUUGGACUUUUGCCCAGAUGUCAGAGCUGUGGACGCGGACUCAGAGGACAAUGCCAAGAUUCUUUUUGGCAUGGGUGCCCCAGAGGAGGCGACGCCCCGUAACCCGCCUUUCAACAUCUUGCCAGUCGACGGCAACCUCUACAACACUUUGGAAUUCAACGACAAAUCCGCCCCGAAGUUCCGGUUUGACAUCUAUGCUGAGGAUCAGCCGAAAGAUGAACUGAAGAAGAAGACCGAGACAGAGGUCAUCGUGAAUCUGAUUGAUGAUAAGCAUCGUAUGAUCAUGGUCAUCCAAAACAGGCUUCCUCAACAAAUCGACAAGGCCACCAUUGAAGAAAUAAGACAACGUAUGCAGGAGCUGACCAAAAAGAUCAUUCUCAUUGAGAAAGUCGAGGUGAGGCGUCUCCAGUCGACAAGGGGCGUUGUGGCCAAGACGAAUCCAGAGAGUGGCACCGACAUCUACUUUGUGGCCGUGAAUCCGAAUACCUAUAAUAUCUGUCCCAGGGACAUACUGCAGAAAUUGAUCAUGAAUACGCCGGCACAGCAGAAGAUCAUCAACAACAUGCGCGACAUCAUCCGUGUGCAGCUGAUUCGGCCACCGUACCUACCGAUCAAGAGCGAGGGCAUCAGCUUCUGGAAGACGUAUUUCUACCUUGACGGCGAGCUGUGGUCCGCACUCAUCGCUCUUGCGUGCAUCAUCAUCCUUCUCUCCAUCGUGGGCAUCGUCGUCAUCUGUUUCCUUUGGGCAAGGUACAAGAGAUGGGAAGAGCGUCUGCUGAGUCUUGAUGUGUCUGUGUUCCCGCCCGUCUCUGUCGUGCAGCCGUCGGAGUAUAUGUCACACUACGGUAUGGCAUCUCACAUUGGCCACAUGAAGGAAUUUGAGGAACAGAGUCUCAACAUGUAUGUGCCGCCGGAUGAGGGUGGUAUCGACCACACGGAUGUGAACCUCGGCUUCUCAGCCGGUGCAACAGGGACACACAAUGUCUCUAGUCAGGAGGUUGUACAUACUGGCCGUAUGGGUGUAGUAAAUCCUGUUUAUCAACCAGACUCGACGGGUAAACGAGUGACAACCACCACAACAGUGACAAAAGUAGAAACCACUGGAGCUUCGGAAGAUUACGAUGACGCUGCAUAUGACAAUGUCCGUUGAUUCAGUAUAUACUCAAUACCAUACUCCUUGACUCACAUCGGAACUUUACACGCAAAAAGACCACCAAUAACUUGUACUGCUGUAUUUUGAAUCAGGGAAUAAGUUUUAGAAAAUUCUAAACUUUUUUUCAAUUUCCGUCCAGGAUGAGAAUUUCCACAAGUGCCCUCCAUCUGUGAUCUCAAUUUGAAAUUUGUACAACUCUAUUGUUUGUGUAGUAUUUCUCGAUUCAAAUUGUACGGUAUUUUGAGUAAAUGUAUGAUCUGUGAGCCUUUGUAGAUAAAUUUGUGAACUAAAGGCAAUGUGUAGAGCUGGACUCUGUACACAGGCAAGGUUGAAAAGACUCAGGAAAGUAACUUUGAUACAUGAAUGUAUAUCCCAACUGCUGCUCUUGUGUUGCACACCAUGCCUUUGGUAAAUCAAACAUGUAAGGUAAAGUGAUACAGUUAUGGCCACUACACCGUAGAAAACAGCUGGCAGUACACGUUAAUGCACACCGUGGCUAUAAUUGUACUGUGGCUAUAAUUGUACCAGCUUACCUUAUAUGUUAUGUACGCUUUUAGCUUUUCUGCAUUCAUUUCAAUGCCAAUUCCUUACCGUUGUAGUGAAAGAUGCAAUGGGCAUGAGAUUGAGCAGAAUAAUGCCGGUUCUUCAACCAAUCCUCUUUCACUAUCUUCCAAUUGGAUUGAAGAUAACUAAUUUAUUCAAUACUCUGUUGUUUAUAUAUGUUUAGCUAGUGUGUAUAAACUUGCCUCAUGAACACUUAUUUUAUACUGGUUUUGAAGUUCAUAUCAUUUCCAAAGAGCAUUGCUUUGCCGAAAAAAAUGUUACCGAAAAUAUUUUAAUUCGCUUAUCAAGCAUAAUCCUUUGUUAACUGUGUGUAAAACUAUAUCCUCAGGUGCCACUGAAUACAUAAACUUGUGCCAUAAUGUCUGAUGAAAUUGGUUUAUGACCAAUUUAUUUUAUGAACCUGUUUAUGACAGAUUUUUAUUUUUCUACAUAUAUAUUUUACAAGUGUGCCAUAUUUUGAACUUGUAUGACCGACAAAUUUUCUGUGAUGAUACAUGUGUGUGUACUUGGUAAUGAAUAUUGUGUCAACGUGUUUAAGUCUGUUACAUGUAAACGCUUUGAUGCAGUAUAUCAUUAUAGUUUUGUGGUAAGACCAUUGUAUGUUAUCAAAAAAGCGAGUCCAGUUGGAUAAAAACACGUCAUGCACUGAUGAUAAUUGGUCUGUCCGUCUUUAGCCAGUAAAAAGUUCUGUUGUCCAAAGUUUUAAGUUUCAUGAGAUUUCUAAUAUUUUUUAACAUCAUAGCUUUAAUAUAUAGUGAUUAUAAUUUUUAAUCUACAUUGUUUUAUAUCUGUAUUAAUAUAGUGUGAAUAGAAUUGCUCAAAGCAUGUCAUGUUAAAAUUUGUUGUCACAAAUAUUUAAGAAAUUCGAAUGUUACAUGACAGAUGUUUUGCAAAUAUAUAUUUUUGUUUAAAACAGGCAUUAUCUUUAACUGUUGAUAGAUUUUUUUUCUGAAAAAUAUGGUCCGAUGAUUCAAGUUGAGAUGGUAAAAUCUGUGUGUUGGUUGUACCUAUAAAAUCACUUUGAAUUUUAAAACAACGAAAAAAUGAUUGUAAUUUUCAAAAUGACAGAAAUGUCCCCACUCAAUUUUUAGGAAGUGUUACAUUUGAUUUCAACAACUCUCAAAAAUAUAUAUAAAAGUUCUGUCUAUUCAUAUCUAGCAUAUUGUUACUCCAUUCAGAAUCAUAAUAAGAGGAUUUUCCCCAGUUGUGUUAAAAAUUAAUUGCCCUCUAAUUUGAAUCAUCAGUCAACAGUUAUGCAAUGUUUUGCUAAAACAUCAAGCCUCUGUUUUAAAAUAAUUUUAUUUCCUCAUGUUUGUUAUAAGAAUGUAUAUUUUGAUAAGUUAUUCCCAAUAAAAAAGUAGAUUGUUGAA